UGAUUCGAGAGACGUAUCAGAUAUAAACAAAAUCAGUAUUUAUUUGAAGAUAUUUAUUAGUAACAAGUGACAAGACAUCGUAGUUAGGUGCUAAGUUAACGACAGACGCCUACCACCUAAAAUAUAUCACAAAAUAGCAUAAUUAAUUAUUUUAUUGGAAACAAUAGCGUAGUAUAUACGUAAUAAAUGGUAAUUAUAAUAAUAAGGCUGGAGGGGCAAAGUUCACACCAGUACGUAAUAUAUGACUGUAGGUGUAGGAGCAAUUAUAUAACUUCACACAAAACUGUUACCUACACAUAGAUACAUGAGUAAAUAUAUAAGUACUUUGAUUCUCAUUCACCUAACAUUUAGAUUAGGCAAUCAAAAACAUAUACUUUAGUUCUGAAAGUAAUAAAACUACUUAAAUGGAUACAAAGAUAACAAUAUGAAAUAAGGAAGACAACCAAAUACCAAUUCACUAUCUGAUAAGCCACAUGACGUCAAUCCGCCGCGUCGAACUUAUCUGGCGUGCUCACCCGCCCAUUUAGCCACCAAUUAGUAUCUCAUACUACAUUACAACAAAUACAAUUAUAAGGUAAUUAUUUUAGUGACAGAGACUCAUUACAAAUUGCACAACUCAUAAUACUGAAUUUUGUUCCAAAUAUACAAUAUUCAUUUAUAAAUAAGGCUAAAUCAUAAGGCAGUGAAUAUAAGUUAAUAUCAAUUGGAUACAUAAACAGAGAAACAAAAUAAUUGUUGAAAUAAAUAAUUUCUUUUUUCACCUCUCUUUUUGGGACUGCUCAAUCUCAAUAUCCAUAUCUCAGCACAAUGAGUGCAUUAUAUUGGCCACAAUAAUCAGCUUCACUCCUCUUAGUGAUUGAGAGGGAACCUCCUGAUAGGUAACAGAGACCCAAACAGCACAUGUUGAAUAACUGGGAAUUUGGCUAACACCUCCUUUUUAUACAUCUUAAUGAGACCUUGAUUGAUCUUGGUCCAUGAACCUACUGCACUGAUACUCCACAAUUGAUUAGAAUGCUCUGCAAACGGACCUUUUUUCACCUCUUUAAUAUGUUUAAUGCAAGAAAUAAACAUGUACUCAUUGUGAUAUUUCUCAAUAAUAUCAUCUUCCAAGAACUUGGCUGGUGGAUAUAUUCUUGGCUGAUCAAUAAGUUGGGAGCUGCCCCAAAUGAAGGGGAUAAACUGGUAAUCAUCCAGGCUCCACACACCGUGGCUGCCAGCAGGUUCCAUUCUGUAUGUUUUCUGUAACCUUCUUGCAAUAGAUAAAUAUUUGUUAAACACUAAGAAAACUACUGCUACAUUAUCCUCAGCGACUAAAUGUCCUAUUUUAUACAAACAACAGAGGAACAUUGCAAAAGCCAUUUCAUGUCCUGUUCCAUAGUCAAUCCUAGUUGCAUUACCAAAGCUCUCCUCUAAGUAAACUUUAAUCUCAGAUAUAGCUAGAUGUAUGGACUGAUGCAGAGCAUCCUGUAGAUAUAGAGUGCUAUUCAGCUUCAGUUUGGAGAGCCAGGACCUAAAUGCCACAUUACCAAACCGCUGUGGUUGUUCAAUUGGAGGGAAUUCAUCUAUCAAAUUGUCAAUUAAGUCAAGCAUUUUAAUGAGUUUUUUUACAUUGUCUGAGAUCUUACAGUCUACAGUUAGUGGUUUGGCCUUGAUGGCUUCAUUCAAUGUGGCUAUAAACCCAGUGUAUUCCAUGUAAGCUUCAGAUUUCUCCCAUAUGGCCAUAUCUGUCAGAGUUUUCACUGCUUUCUCUGGUUCUAAAAACCUAUGGUUUUGUGGUAAGAGUGCUGGGACACUGUCAUUUGCCUCUGCUACAUCCCCAAUAACUUUUUCCGUCGUCAUCUAUAAUAAACAAAAACAAUACGAUAAAUAAAAUUGUUACACUGGUGUCUUUCUAAAAUAAGACUUGAAUUGUAUGGUCUCUAUUUUUAGAAGAUACAAAAAACCUUACAACUGGACCUUUCGACUAAGAAAUCUGUGUAUACGUUUUGCGCACGUGCGCUUAGCUAGAUAGUAUCUAAUGUAUUUUGAUAAAGAAAUAACGCGCAACGUAAAGCUUGCUGCCAAUACCCCACUAAGCAUCGUAUGUACAUUGACCUACAAUAAUUUAGCAUUACCUCUGUGAAACAAGUCCGCUGCGGACGAUAAGCUUCGCUAAUGAAGGUCACAAAUGUCAGUCUUAGUUUACCACAUGCAAACUUACUUCUAAUAAUUUGUACCAAUUUUUUGUAGUGAAAAGCUUGAUGUUAGUGUCAACAAUCAGUAAUCAUGGAAAAAAUAUUGAGAGGAAUAAUGAGGUAUCGUGUGUUGGAUCGUGCAAGUAUGGUAAAACAAUUUCAAGAAGUAAAAAACAAUCCUACGCCCAAAGCGGUAUUUUACACAUGCAUGGACAGCAGAAUGAUCCCAACCAGAUUCACCGAAACAAGCGUUGGUGAUAUGUUUGUUGUACGAAACGCUGGUAAUGUUGUACCUCACUCACAGUACUUUGUAGACGAAAUGACCAGCUGUGAGCCAGCUGCUUUGGAGCUUGGUUGUAUUCUAAACGACAUAAGACACAUUAUAGUAUGUGGACAUAGCGAUUGUAAAGCAAUGAAUCUGCUCUAUAAACUUAAGAGCAAAGAAGAAUCAAGUAUAGAACAAAGAAGGCUGUCUCCACUGAAGUCGUGGCUAUGUUCGCAUGCACACACUAGUCUUAAAAAAUUUAUAGAAAUGAAUAAUGAUUUUACCAAGCCCAUGCUUUUUACUGGUGAAACACCGCAACGAAAGUUCGUUGCUUACAUAGAUCCAGAUAACAAAUUCUGCAUUGAAGACAAAUUGUCACAGGUGAAUACACUGCAACAGUUACAAAACGUGGCCUCCUAUGGUAUGCUGAAGAAACGUUUGGAGAAACACGACCUGCAUAUUCAUGCGUUGUGGUUUGAUAUCUACACAGGAGAUAUUUACUACUUUAGCAGAAGGGCAAAGCGAUUCAUCAUUAUUGAUGAAUCUUCUUACGAGUCGAUACUGGCUGAAGUCCGACGAUUCUACUCCUAACAUUUAAAAUAUAAUACUUAAUCUGUCUCGAACGCAUUUGCUUAUAUUUUAUUCGCAGAUCACAGAAGUCGAUAAUAUCGAACGAUUAAAACAAAAAGUUAUUGGCGGGCAUUGAGGUAGGUAGGUAUGUCUUAAUUAUUAUUGCAAUUGGAUUGUUUGUUCUUACUAAGGAAAGGACAUUAUUUUUAUGUGUGUCUUCGUCAAGUGAAGUCUGAGAAAGCGAAACCACGAGAAAUAUAGUUACCUACAGUAAGCUUUAACCAAAUAAAAUAUUUUUUAAAUUAUGUGUAACGAUUAGUUUUGAGUGUGUUAUUUGUAAAUAUUUAUUCUUAUGUAACUUUUUACAAAUCAAUUUUUUUACUAUACUUAAUAAGUUAAGGGAAACAAGCAGGAAGUUUAACUAACUUAAAUGCAUGGAAUAUAUUCAGUACUAGGAGUACGUGUUAUGGCGUGCCGUAUCGCGCCAGAAGCAUAUCGGUUUUUGAUAUGGAGAAAUAUUUUACACUAGUUUGUCUUGCGAAGCGACACGUCUCGAUUUUAUGGGUUCCAAAUAAGGAUCAUCUUUUGGUUUCAUAAACCGAAAACCAUGCCUUCUCUUUAGAUAAGUGCACAAAAUGUCAUCAAAUGUAUCCACUCCACUUCAGUGGUAACAUUUCACCGUUUGCUUUACCUAGAAAUGGCAUACGAAAAUAAUGUUACCACGGAUGUGCGGUUACGAUCAACACUUUCUACUUUAUUUAGUUUUAUUAAGACAAGGUUUUAGACUAGAAGUAGUUUGAUUUUUUAUUUAUUUUUUUAAUGUUACAUUUAAUACAUUUCCUUUGAUUUUGGGACC